AUUUAGUAAUAGUAGUACUUGCUACUAUUCCAAAACCCACACAGCUCUGUCCUAUUCAGGGCCCUUUUUUCUUCUUCUCAUUCAAGAUUUGUUCAGAUCAUUCACGUGGAGCAAAAAAGGCGGUUCCUUCUCAUAUUUCUCUUUUUACUUUAUUAUUUAUUAGGUUCAUUAUUCAUCUUCAAUUUCAGAUCUUUUCUUUACUUUUCAAGAAAUGGGAUCCCAUCUGUGUGUUUAUUAUUAAUAGGUAUAUCAUUUCAAGAUUCAUCCAUCUUGGUCCCUAUUCUCUUCAAUUCCAGUUUCCUCUUUUGUUUUGUCAUUUCAAAGAUUCAUCCAUCUUCAAUCUUGAACAUUGAUUUCUGUUUCCAGCUCAACUUUAAAGCUAUGGCUUUUAUGCAUUGAGGGGGGUAGGAUUAAGAGAAACAAAAAAGGCUGUUUAUAAUGUCUGCAAUCAGAUUAGAUGCAUCAAAGCAAUAUUAUGCAACUAGCAGUCUUGUGGUUGGAUAUGCCUUGUGUUCCAGCUUGCUUGCUGUGAUUAACAAGUUUGCUAUAACUAAUUUCAACUAUCCAGGUCUUCUCACUUCGUUGCAGUACCUAACUUCAACUUUAGGGGUUUGGUUAUUAGGGAAAUUGGGGUUGUUGCAUCACGACCCGUUAACGUUGGAGAAUGCCAAGAAAUUCUUGCCUGCUGCCCUUGUUUUUUACCUUGCAAUAUUCACCAACACCAAUCUUUUAAGGCAUGCCAAUGUGGAUACUUUCAUAGUGUUUAGAUCCUGUACGCCUUUGCUUGUUGCCGUUGCUGAUACCGCUUUUAGAAAGCAACCGUGCCCUUCAAAGUUGACGUUUUUAUCGUUGGUGAUCAUUUUGGGAGGUGCUGUUGGGUAUGUUGCUACAGAUUCAGGUUUUACUCUCACUGCGUAUUCGUGGGCUUUGGCGUACUUGGUAACCAUUACAACUGAGAUGGUUUACAUCAAGCAUAUGGUGACCAAUCUCGGGCUCAAUACUUGGGGCUUUGUGUUUUACAACAAUUUGUUGUCAUUGAUGAUGGCUCCUUUAUUUUGGAUUAUUACUGGGGAGUAUGUUGAUGUGUUCAUUGCUAUGGGAUCGAAUACCUUGUUUAACCCUGUUGCGUUCAUGGCAGUCUCGUUAUCGUGCGUGUUUGGACUGCUCAUCAGUUUCUUUGGAUUUGCAGCAAGGAAAGCAAUCUCUGCUACUGCUUUUACAGUAACCGGGGUUGUGAAUAAGUUCUUGACAGUUGCCAUUAAUGUUCUCAUUUGGGAUAAGCAUGCUAGUCCAUUUGGUCUAAUGUGCUUGUUGUUCACCAUUGCUGGAGGUGUUCUUUAUCAGCAAUCUGUAACUGCUGUUGUUACUACUGCUCCAUCUGCUGUGUCUAAUAAGAAUGACUAUGGAGAUAGUGAUGAAGAGAAGGGAAUAUCUGCUAAGAUCUCUGGUGUAUAAGCAUUUUGGCUGAUGAGGCAGGUUAUUAUUAAUCCUCCCGUUGCAUUAGUUAGUUCUAAAUAUUCUUCUUUACAAACUUUUGCUAGAUUGAGAUUGCUACCCUUAAUGAAUAGUAAUCAGUUGUGUGUU